CAGAUUUAAAUAUUUGAAAGGAAAGUAUCAAAAAAAGUAUGCCAUUGAGAUAACGAAGCAGUAGUAUCACCAUGAAAGAAGUAAUGAGAAAAAGGAAGCGCCGAAAACGGCAUGUAAUUUGUAUGGCAUCAGACUUCUUCUUUCCUAACACUGGAGGCGUCGAGGAACACAUAUUUAAUUUGUCUCAAUGCUUAAUCAAAGAGGGUCACAAAGUCAUAGUGAUUACUCAUUCCUAUGGAGAGCGGAAAGGCGUCCGCUACAUGACUGGAGGACUCAAAGUUUACUACUUGCCUGUGAAAGUUAUGUAUGCCCAGUGCAUACUACCAACCAUGAUCUGCAAUCUUGCUCUAAUCCGAUACAUACUUAUCAGGGAGAGAAUUGAAAUAGUUCAUGGGCACUCUGCUUUUAGUGUUAUGGGUCAUGAGGUAUCAAUUAUAGGAAAAUUGUUAGGAUUGAAAACAGUAUUUACAGAUCACAGUCUGUUUGGCUUUGCUGAUACAUCUGCAGUAUUAACAAACAAGUAUUUGCAAAUGUGUUUGUGCGAGUGUGACCACUGCAUUUGUGUCUCGCACACAGGAAAGGAAAAUACAGUGCUAAGAGCCAAAGUUAAAGCCCACAAAGUAUCAGUUAUUCCUAAUGCUGUAGAUACAUAUAACUUCACUCCAGAUCAGCAAAGGGAUCCAAAUAUGAUAACCAUAGUCAUAGUGUCAAGGAUGGUGUACAGAAAAGGUGUGGAUUUGAUGGCAGCAGUGAUAGCAGAAAUGUGUCCUAGGUAUCCUAAAAUUAGAUUUAUUAUUGGAGGUGACGGGCCCAAGAUGUGGUUACUGCAAGAAGUCAGGGAAAGGAAAGGUUUUCAGGAUUGUGUCACAUUACUGGGAAGUCUGAAGCAUUCUCAAGUAAGAGAUGUACUUGUGAAAGGUGACAUUUUCUUGAACACCUCUCUGACUGAGGCAUACUGCAUGGCUAUUGUAGAAGCUGCUUCAUGUGGGCUCAAAGUGGUGUCCACUAAGGUUGGAGGCAUUCCAGAAGUAUUACCAAAUAACAUGAUCUAUCUCACUGAGCCUAAUGUUGCCAGCCUCGUGGAGGGCAUAGAACUGGCUAUGACUGAUAUAAGCAACGGUCAGGUAAUUUGCCCUUUUGACUGCAACAAAAUGGUUAGAAACAUGUACAAUUGGAUGGACAUAACUAGGAGAACAGAGAUUGUGUAUGACAAAAUAUUACAAAAUCGAAAUAAGCCAUUAGGAGAACAACUAAAGAGUUAUCUCUCUUGUGGUGUGUGGCCAUUCCUGUUGGUUAUAAGUCUCAUGUAUUUAUUACUUCAGUUAAUUGAAAGGGUACAUAAGAGAAAGCACAUGGACAUAGCUAGGGAUUUAGAAUUGUAGUUAA